AUGAUCACCACAACCCAAUUUCAAAGCAGCUGCUCACCUGCGAACCCCACUCAAACACUACGUCCGACUUGUCCUCCUGUGACUUUGAACUUAAUCCGCAACGUUGGUACCCCUCUUAGAAUACCUGCAGUGUACGCUACAUCAACACCGACAAUCGCCCCACCUCGGUGCGCAACUGGAAAACCCAGAAGAGGUCGGCGCUCUUUAUUGCCGCCAGAACAACGAGAGCAAACCCGUCGGCUGAAAAAACAAAAUAUGGAACGCCGUCGACGUGCCUGCAUAUCAGACAAAAUAAAUGCCUUGCACAACCUCGCACUGAGCAUUGUCGGACUAGACGUCGACCAACAGACGCAAGUUCAAUCUCAGCAACUAAACCAACAACAUAGAUUGGAAAAGGCCGACAUUUUAACUACAUGUUACAAGGUCUUCGAAGGAAUCGCGAAAAUUGCAAAUGAAAAACCAGAACUUCAGAUGCGUUUGCGUCAACUCCGCUUCAAAGAUCGCCAUCACCAACCAACGGACAAUGUUUGUUCGUUCCCCGAUGAAUCCACUCAGAGCAGCGCAUGUUCCGGUGGUAUAGUGAGUGUAGUAUCUGCACCCGAUGGUUCAAAACGAAUCAAUUCAAGAGUCAAAGAAACUCCUUAUCGAUUUUCUCGUAUCCUUCCUGGGAACACAUCCGAAAUGAAUAAGCCACCGACUACUAUCCUCAUGGCUGGAAAACCACAUUAUCGCAAGAGUUCUAGCACGGUCGACAGUGGGAUCUACAGUUCACUAGAUGAGAGUAUACGUAGUGAAUGCAGUGAAAGACUGUCUUCACCAGCGCCACGCAACUGUCUACAAGCACAGCAACCUAGAGUCCGUUUAUCCAUAUCACUUACUCCCCAUAUAAGCCCGCUGCGAAACUGGACGGUUAUUCCCGAAGGUGGUGCAUCCUCAAAACGCAAGAUUCACGAGUCAGUCGCUUCUUCAUCCAAUCCAGUUCAUCGAUCAGAAUCUACACGAACAUCGCCCGAUUCUGUUUGGAGACCCUAUUUGUGA